UGGUGUUCGAGCGAGAAUGGCGGUGCUGCUUGAAACCACCUUAGGCGACAUUGUCGUUGAUUUGUACACAGAGGAGAGGCCGAAAACGACCCUGAAUUUCCUCAAGUUGUGCAAAAUAAAAUACUAUAACUACUGCCUCAUCCAUAAUGUCCAGAGAGAUUUCAUUAUUCAGACUGGAGACCCGACCGGAACCGGACGCGGGGGGGAGUCGGUGUUCUGCAAACUCUACGGGGACCAGGCCCGCUUUUUCGACGCUGAGAAAGUGCCCAGAAUCAAGCAUAAGAAGAGAGGAACUGUGUCUAUGGUGAACAACGGCAGCGGGCAACAUGGUUCUCAGUUCCUCAUCACCACGGGUGAGAACCUAGACUACUUGGAUGGGGUUCACACUGUGUUUGGAGAGGUGACGGAAGGCAUGGACAUCUUGAACAAGAUCAACGAGACCUUUGUGGACAAGGAUUUUAUCCCUUUUCAGGAUAUCAGAAUUAAUCACACAGUGAUCCUUGAUGACCCCUUUGAUGACCCACCUGACCUACCAGUUCCCGAUCGCUCACCAGAGCCAACCAAAGAGCAGCUGGAUAGUGGGAGAAUUGGCGCCGACGAGGAAAUCGACGAUGCAAAGGGGAAGGAUGCAGAGGAGCUGGAUGAAGUGCUAAAGGAAAAGGACGCCAAGACCCACGCCAUACUCCUGGAGAUGGUUGGCGACCUGCCAGAUGCAGAUAUAAAACCACCCGAGAACGUGCUCUUUGUCUGUAAGCUGAACCCAGUGACCACAGAUGAGGACCUGGAGAUAAUCUUCUCUCGCUUUGGCCCCAUCAAGAGUUGUGAGAUCAUAAGAGACUGGAAAACCGGGGAGUCCCUGUGUUAUGCCUUUAUUGAGUUUGAGAAGGAGGAGGACUGUGAAAAGGCAUAUUUCAAGAUGGACAACGUGUUGAUCGAUGAUCGACGAAUUCACGUUGACUUCAGCCAGUCUGUUGCCAAGAUUAAAUGGAAAGGAAAAGGAGGGAAGUACACAAAGGAGGACUUCAAGGCUUAUGAGAAAGAUUUGAAAAGCAAAGACAAAUUGGGCCUUAAAGAUAAAAUGAAACCUAUGCAGGACUCCAAGUAUGACCUCCUUUCAGAGGAAGAGGAAGAAAAGGGAAGCCGUCAGCAUUCUGGGAAGAAGCACAAAGAGAAGAAGCGUCGUCAUUCAGACGAGGAAGAGAGUCGAAAGUCAAAGAAAUCCAAGGACAGCAAGGACACCAGGCGGGAGCACAAGGCCGGUCGACAGCACUCGCGGUCACGCUCACGUUCUCGGUCCCGCUCCAGGGACCGCGAUAGGCACGGCCAUCACAAGCACAGUAAGGCUAGGGACAAGCACCGGGAGGAGGGGCGCGCCAAGGGCCACAGCCACCGGGAUCGCAGCCGAAGCCCCAGAACGUCCAAGGACAAGGACCGCAACAGACAGCGAUGAGCAGGGAACAGAGGUGGGGGGGAGAAGCCUCUUGGAUGUUGACAAGAAGCUCUUAUCUCUGUGACUCUGUCACUGUAUCAGCACCACGUGUCACCCAGUGCAUCACUGCCUCUUCCAACUAGAGACCGUAGCUUCUCCUUUCUCCAGCACGGUGGAGGUUCACAGCCCUUCAUUGUUCAUUCUAUCGGACUUCUCAGGCUUCGUGUCUCGGUCCAGCCCUGCACUCGCAUGGGCGUCACUGGCGAGAUGUCUGUGGCACAAAGAGCUCCUCCUCCACCUUUUAACUUGUGCUUCCUUCUUCUUUGUGUUAAUUUUCUCAGCCUUCAGCAGAAGAAAACCUGAUUCCUGAUGUCCUCAUGCUCUUCACAUUUCAGUGAUAUUUAUAAAAGCUGCAGUGUUGUGUGUUUGCCAGGUUGGGCCAGUUCAGGACCAUAUCGCUGCUGACUCCAUGGAAUAGACUGCAGAGGAAUGGGUGGUGGAACCAGGCUCGGUGCACAGAGGUUGAUAAUACCUUAGAUGUGCUCAUCGAGCCCAUCUUGACACACUCUUAUAUCACAUGUCUUUACCAAACUCGCAUUUUCCAGGAGUUGUUUUCCUGUCAUCGCUUUCUUUGCUUCCUCUUAAAACCUCAUGUGUUUGUCAUUUAUCGCAUUCUGGAGUCCCGCUCCAUUCGAACCAGGAUGAACUCUGACAAAUGACUCUGCAGCAGUGUCGUGGACCUGAACCAGACCGAGAGCUCACGGUUCUCUGUUUGGAAAGCUGUCUUUUAUAUUAAAUAAACACUGAGGGAUGAAAAAUCCUGAAUUGCUAAUGGAGGUUAGUGUUAUGUGCAGUAUCCUGCCACCCAGGGGUUUCUUUAAAAAAAGGGUGGUAGAGAGACAUGUUGAAAACAUUGUGCUUUGGUUUAGUGUUCUUUGUGUGGAUUUCUAUUUGGUCCCUCAGAUUUUUUUUUUUUAUUUUAUUAAAUAAACUGUUUUUAGUGUUUACCCUGCAGCUUGGUGUCCCAGAUGGAC